AUGUCUGUCAACCGCUUUUUCGGUGGUGUUCGUUUGUUUCGUCGCAGUUACCACCCAGCUGGGUUCGAGUACGUUAAGGCUAGCAAUAAGCGGGGUCCUUUGGCUUAUGGUAAAGAAUCGUCCCAGUACGCAGUUCUCUCUCAUGCGUUGCAGAGGUCUGUGCCUUUGUAUGGUUUCAAUGAAAGAGCUAUUGUUCAUUCCUUGAAUGAGUUGGGCUAUUCAUCCACAAUGCUAAGUGUCAUAGGCUCUUCGAAUCCUCCCUCGUUUCUACAUUCAUCACCAGCUCUAAUGGAGCUGAUAAAGUUCCAUUUGGCUGACAAGAGAAUAUCACUUACCGAGAAUAUUUCGUCAGAGACUCCGGCAGAGGAGCUGCCUACUUUGGAGGAAUUGUUCAUCAAGAGACUGGAGAUGAAUUUGCCUGUGGCAGAACAUUUGUCGCAAUUGCUUUCGCAAUUAGCGAUUCCCGGUCCUUUCUUGCUGGACGUUUCAAUGCCUGAGUUACACAGAUUGUCAGAUGAUCUAAUAUACUACUCCAGUGAGAAGGACUCUCACGAUUUUGCCUGGUAUUCCAAGAGACUCGCGGUGAGUUGCGCUUACAUGAGUAGCGAGUUGUUCAUGGCUCAGGAUAAGUCUCCAAACUAUAGAGAGACCUUCGAUUUCGCCAGAGAUAAGCUGCACCGGGUGUUCACUUUAGGAGAAUAUUACAAUAACACUGAAGAGUUCGCCUGGUACACGCUGUUGUCCACCAUAAACCUGGUAAAAUCUCAAUUGGCCAGAGGUUGA